AUCCAAUGUCUCUUAAAGGUGUUACUAUUUUCAUCACUGGUGCUUCCAGAGGAAUUGGACUAGCAAUUGCCCGUCGAUGCGCUCAGGAUGGUGCGAACGUGGCCAUUGCCGCCAAGACUGCACAGCCAGACCCUAGAUUGCCUGGUACUAUCUACACAGCAGCCCAAGAAAUCGAAGAGCAAGGUGGCAAGGCUUUGCCUAUCAUCUGUGACAUUCGCUCCGAGGAGCAGGUCAUUGAUGCCAUCCAAAAGACCGUUGAAAAGUUUGGAGGAAUUGAUAUUCUAGUGAACAAUGCUUCAGCUAUCUCGUUGACCGAUACGCCGUCCACCACCGUCAAAAAGUAUGAUUUGAUGCACGCUGUGAAUGGAAGAGGCAGCUGGAUGGUAGCCAAGCACGCCAUUCCUCAUUUGUCAAAGUCCAAGCGCAAUCCUCACGUCCUCAUGAUUUCACCUCCCUUGUCAGCUAUUCGCGAAGACUGGUUCCGCGACCAUGUUGCCUAUUCUAUCAGCAAAUUCAACAUGAGCAUGGUUGCUUUGGGUUUGGCUGGCGAACUUCGCCCACAGGGUAUUGCCGUCAAUACUUUAUGGCCCGCUUCUGUGGUUGAAACCGCGGCUGUGAAAAACCUCUUGGGUGGCGACGCAGUGGCCAGUAUUGGCAGAAAGCCUGAAAUGAUGGCUGAAGCUGCUCGUCGUAUUUUCGCAAAGAAGUCUACUGCUUUUAGCGGCCACAACCUCAUUGAUGACUUGUUCUUGAGAAGCGAGGGCGUCACUGACAUGGAUCAAUAUUCUGUCAUGCCUGGCAAUACAGACUUGGGAGCCGAUUUCUUUGUCAACCCUGAACACUUUGAUGCCAUCGAACAGCAGAGACUGGCUGCCAAAGAACGCGGAGAGCAAGGCAAUGAGGGCAAGUUUACCUCCAAGCUCUAAAUAGUCAUUGCCAUUCCAAGCAUUAAAUGGGACGAGUGGAUGUGUUUAUAAAAAAAAAAUGACAAGUUUAAAAACUGGGGCAACCAAUAAUAAAUGUUGCCCUAUAUGCAAACAU